CUGAUCAUUGCUACUCUCCUAAUCUUCACAUGUCAAUGCUUUUCGGCAAUGCCCAGUGUCAACCAGGAUUCCUCCCCUGGCCGCGCACUCGCAUCAAUGGGGAGCUAUCCGUAGACGUUGGCAUCUGACGUACGACUUACGCGGGGCAAACCUGAGCGAACGAACCAUUGAUCGAGGAAGCCGGGGGAAAAAACUCAAUCAUGUCCGGGAAGAGCUUACUAGAAGGGAGGGGAGGUAUUUCUUCCAGAUGAUUUUGGGAAAAUAAUCGGCAGAGUUUUUGUUUUUGUUUUUAUAGUCAAAGUCAGCCGACGACUCCGACAUGUCACGACCAGGCGACAUCGCGGUCCUGCCGCUAGAGGGAGCCUUUCAAGUCUACCAGUCGCUGGCCGACAGGUUCCUCUCCCCGAGCCCUCCCAAGGAGAUACCCAAAGAUGCGCCCACCAUCGCCGUCAUCGGCGCCGGAAUCACUGGCGUGACGGCUGCUGCGCACUGCGUUGGUCACGGCUUUAACGUCGUCAUUUUCGAGGCCGGCUCGCGUCGGAACUUGGGCGGCAUCUGGACCGCCGUCAACGACUCAUCCAGCCUGCAGAUCCACUCGGCCAUGUACCGCUUUCACCCUUCGAUCCGUUGGAGUCGCAGCUAUCCGGACCGCAAGGAGAUCCUGGACCAGGUCGAGAAGCUAUGGUGGAGGUAUGGCCUGGACAAGAUAACCAAGUUCAAAGUCAGGGUUAAACGCGUGUACCAGGACGACGAUGGAAGGUGGAUCGUCAAUCACCCCGAGCACGGAAAGUUUGAGGGCCUCAUCACGGCCGUGGGGACCUGUGGAAAGCCCAAGAUUCCUAUAUUCCCAGACAAGGAAAAGUUUAAGGGACCGGUCUACCACUCGAGCCAACUGAAUGGAAAAGACGCAGCAGGCAAAAGAAUCGCCAUCAUAGGCGGAGGAGCCAGCGCGGUAGAAGUGCUCGAGUGGGCCUUCAAGGGCGGUGCCGCCCAUGCCUCGAUACUCUCCCGCAGCGAGAAGUGGAUCAUCCCACGCAAUAUCGUCAUCAACACCUUACUUUCCUGGAACGUACUAGGCCAGGACGCUUUUAUCGGCUGGCUGCCCGAGAUACUCCUUCGCAGGUUCUUCUACCGUGACCUCGAAAGUAUCGCCCCGUCCAACAAGGGCAUCUUCACUGACACGCCCAUGGUCAACUCGGACGUUUUGGAUCACAUCCGUUCCGGCAAGGCCGACUGGAUCAGGUGUGACGUCGAGUCCAUGACCGAGUCUGGUGUCUUGGUGAACGAGCGUGCGCCAGGCGUUCCCAAGGGAGGCUUGGGAAGGCCGAGGGUUGUCGAUGCCGAUAUCAUCGUCAUGGCUACCGGGUUCAAGCGGCCAUCGCUGUCGUUUCUUCCCGACGACUGCUUCAAUGAACCCUAUGGCCCGCCAAAUUGGUAUCUCCAGACAUUCCCGCCAACACAUCCGUCCAUCUCAGCAAUCAACUGCACUUACAUCUCCGCCAUCGGCACUGUUGGCAACUGGCACAUUGGAAUCUACACGCGGAUUCUGCUCAUGUUCCUGACGGACCCGCUCACGCGACCGGCGCCCUGGUGGAUGCGGCGGUGGAUUGACAUGACCAAGCUCCUCAAGGCCACCAGCCCCGUCGGCGCCUUUGACUUCUUCACCUACCUCGAGCUUCUCUGGUGGUUCCUCUUCUGCAUAUGCUUCAACCCUUUCCGCUGGAAGUGGGCCCUGUUCGUCUUCCUCGGCAUCGGCAUGGCCCUUCCCAAGGAAACGACCGAGCUGGAGACGAGGCUGCUGCAGCGCGCAGGCUGGGACAGACGGGAGGUUGGCAGGGACGUGGUCGAAGAAAUAGACGGCAUCAUCAAGACGCUCUGCCAAGGCACGCCCGCGGCCCAGCGCCGCGCCGUCGAGACCUACUUCCUGCCCGAGGCGUCGUUCGUGCACCCGAUCUGCCUGGUGCACGCGCACAAACCCAUCGUGCUGCCGUCGCUGUUCCCAGGCUUCGCGGGAGGUUCUUCUCGGCCCUGGAACGUUUUUUGCAGCCGCGAUGCCAUCGCCGCCAUCUACCGCUGGUACCGGUUCAUGAGCCCCGACACGGUCGUGCAUAUCGACUCCAAGGCCUGGGACGAGAGGAAUCAGGUCUUGUACGUCACGGCCCGCCAGCACUUCACAAUCUGGUUCGUGCCCUUCUAUCAGGCAAACGUCAGGCUCGUCGUCGAGCUGCAACUCCGCCGUCAGAGGCCCGCCGCCCCGUCCAUCCAGACCAACAACGAGUCGCACAGGAGGACCAGCAGCGGCACCGCCAGGCAGGGACCUCAGAAGUACUACAUCGCCAGGCAGGAGGACCAUUACCAAGUCAACGACGUCUUGCGCUACAUCUUGCCCAUCAUUGGCCCAAUAUUUGCCUUCUUCUCACGACAGUUUGCAUCUCUGGUCUGCGUGCUGCUGGCUUUGCCCAUUCUCCUGGUUGAUCGUACCUUUGGCGACAAAGAACUUGUUUGA